AUGGUAUUCACCUCCAAUCCAUUAUCUCUCAGCGUCCCAGACCCUUUCUUCGAGUCAUGGCUCCGCGAAAAUGGCUACCCAGAAAUCAUUGACCAGCAUACCUCUACUGCCAUCACCACCUCUACAACCACAACCACAGACGCAAGCUCAAUCACAAACGGCUUCUUCAUCUCACUCUUCUCUCGCAUAUUCACCCUCCUCUCUCUCUUCACCAUCAACCCCUUCUCCAAGCUCACCAAUGAAGACCUUGCUGCCCAAACGCCUCCUUGGACCACUAUCUUUAUUGGGUCUUCUGACUCCUACUCCUUCCCCUUGUCUGUUUCUCAGGCUCGCAUGAGGGUCCAAGAGAAUGUCAAGCGCUAUGCCAGAAAUUAUGCUACUUUGUUUGUGCUCUUCUUUGCUUGCUCUUUAUAUCAGAUGCCCCUGGCUCUUGUUGGAUUGAUAUCUUGUUUGGUACUAUGGGAUGUUUUUAAGUUCUGUAGUGAAAGGUGGGGAUUGGAUCGAUACCCAAUAAUUCGUGAGUGCUUAAUUCGUGUUGCUCAAUGUGUAGCUGCUGUUAUCCUGAUAUGCUCGAAUGUUCAAAUGGCUCUCUUCUAUGCUCUUGGUGUCAGUUAUGCAGGCAUGAUUCUGCAUGCUGGAUUUCGGAAGCUGGCUCGUGCAAAGCAAACUCCUCAUGGUAGAUCGAAAUAG